AAGGUCACAUGGGGUGUAGAGCUCAAGCCUAAAGAUACUUGUUUUUGAAUAGAAUCACUCAAAAACCCAAAAAGCAAACCAGAAAAAGGUGACCCCAAAAAGCUUCCCCACACACACUGAAGACAACUUUCCAGUAAUGGCGGCACAUGAAGAACAACAACAACACCAUCAUCAACAACAAGAACAAGAAAACCCCAUUUCCCCUUUCUCCUUAAAACCCAACAAUAAACACUUGGAAAAGAUUUUCUCCUCAUAUUUGGGUCUCAGUUUCGCUAUCUUUCUUGGGUCUUUACCAAGAAAUGCAGUUUCUUUGGUUGGAAGACUUCAGAACCGCAACAAGGAGCUAACUUUUCAGCUUAUUGACACAGAGGAGCAGUUAAAGCAGCUACUUUUCAGGAGAAAAGAGGAUUCAAAGGCAAAUGCAAGAGUUGUGGAAAUCUUUGCAAGUCAUAGACAUGCCUGGCAGCAAGAAGAGAAGAGGUUGUUACAGCAGAUCGAUGAGUGUGAUGAAGAGAUUGCUGAGUUAAGAGGGAGAGCUGAGCAGUUUGAGACAAUGGAAAGUGAGUUAAGGGCUAAUAUUGAGGACUUGAAAAGGGAGAUUAGUGAAAGAGAUGAAAUGUUGAACUUUAUGAGUAGAAGGGGUUGUGAGAUGGAGAAUAGUACUAGUGGAGAUGGUGGGAGUGAUGGUGUUGGAGAUUGCUAUGCUGAAAUGGGUUUAAGGUUUGGGAAAGUUGGGAUAUCUGAAGGGAUGGAUUUGGGGGUAGGGAUGGAAGAGUGUUACUUGGCUAAUGGGAUUCCUAAUGCUGAACAAAUGAGUGGUGUUUAUGGACAGAGUAAUGGGUUUAACUCAGAGUACUUGAAUUCUGCUUCUAAGUUUUGGGCUGAAAAAGCUAGUCCUUGGCAGGAUAUGCAGUAUGAUUCUGGCGAUUCACUUCACCAUUUAAAGCAUUUUGUAGCAAGAAGGGAGGCCCCUUGGAAGAUAGAUGGUGAAUCAACAGGAGUCUCCUCCAAACUAAAGUUACUUGAACAGGAGCUACUGAAUUUGGAAAAAAUUGGGAAGACUGAUUUAUCUAAGGUACCAUCAUCAACGCGGAAGCAAGUGAAGAGAUACCAAGCUCUUGCUGGCAAGAUCGAUGAUCUAUGCAGAAGAAUGCAGCAGGCCAGUGAUCCUUGUGAACCAAACCUGAGUCCUGAGUUCCGGACCCAAAGACAGACAGAGUUUUUGCUUGAAGCAUUUCGACUUCAGCAGCAUGCAUCUGAAACUGCACAGAAGCUGAUGGUACUACAAACUGACAGCGGAAAGAGUUAUUACGGGGACGAAUUUGAAGGUCAAGCCCAACUAGCCACUAAACGAUCCUUUGACUCCAUCCGGAACAACUUAAAAGAAAUCCAACGGAAUUUAGAGAUAUGGCUUGCCAGAAUUAUUGGGGAUCUCGAGGGAAUCCUUUCUCGAGAUGGUGCUUCUCGUGUAAGGGAUUAUUACAUAGCUAGAUAUCCUUUUGUUCAAUAGUCAUGUGUUAACAUGCUCAGUAAAAUCAUGAUUGAAAAAUAUAGUUUCUCUUUUGAUUAGUUUGUCCUCCAUGCUAUUGAAAAAAUGAUGUAUAGCUCCAACUGAAUGAACAAUAUAAGGUUGAUAAGUCCAUUUAUGCACAUAAAUUUGCUUCACAGAAGCAAACUAUUAAUGCUAACUAGUACUAAAAAGAGUGAAGAUUUUUGACAGAAUUA